AAUGCCAUUCCUCACAUAUUCCAGUGCUUCCUCUCACCAUGGCAGAGAAGAUAUCCAUCAAUAAUUCCUCUACCAUUACUUUACCUGCCCAUGAUUUUCCCCUUGAAAGUAAGGAGCCAGAUUGUUACAGUUUUCUGCUUCUGGCGGCCAUGGUUUUCAUCUUGAGCAUGUGUAUAAUUACCAUUGUUGUAUGUUAUCUGUACAUCCACUGCAAUAAUUCCAACACUCUUACGCAAACCCGGCGCAUUCGUCGGAGGAUCCGCGUGAUUCCACGAGCUCGAGGACGGUUUUCUUGGAGAUCGGCGGAAUUUUACUUUUCGACGACGGGCAGAGAAGGGCUUGGCAAAGACGUCAUAGAUUCCCUCCCGGUUUUUUUCUACAAGCCGGAAAAUUUCAAAGACGGCUUGAGCUGCUCUGUUUGUCUUUGUGAAUUCGAGGAGAACGACAAGGGCAAGAUUCUGCCCAGUUGUAAUCACAGGUUUCAUGUGGAUUGUGUUGAUAUGUGGUUAUAUUCUCAUUCUACUUGCCCUCUUUGCAGAGCUAGCGUUGAAAAAAAGGAGUGUCAUGAACAGGUUGAGGUUUUAACUGGGGAAGAAGUAAAUGACAAGGAGAUGGUAAACAGCAGGAGUGCCUCAGGUUCGGCAGUGCGAGGAGAAGGUGUUGAUAUUGAUGGGGAGGGGAGUGUGAAGAAGGAAGAGCAAGAUGGAGUUGCCAUUGACAUUGAUUGAAGUCAGCUUCGUCUGUCAAAUUUAUUAAGUUAUUUAUUUUUUCCUAUUACAUAAGGCAGGGAUGCCAUUUAGUCGGGCAUAUUGAUUUCAUUUAUUGGAGAAGGAUUGGUAUUAGAUCCGAAGCUUGUCUGUUUCCUUCAUCUUUUUAUAAAAGGGAAUUCAAGAUCACUUGUAAGAGGUUCUGAAACUGGGGGCGGGUAAAGUAGAGGUCUACGUCUGAGGUAAUAAAACGUUGUUUUCUGCAAGAAUUUAGCAUUUCAUGUCACGAGAUUUUAAAUAUUUAUCGUUCCACAUAAAGAAGAUGGCUUUCAUAGUGUGGGUUUUUCA